GAGUGGUAUAAAAGCCAAGGCCGAGGAGGUGGGAGCGUCAUGAGGAAGACGGCGGCGAGGAAGGUCACAGCUGACCAGGUCGGAGUUUCGGCACCCCGAAGCUCCCUGGAUUGCCACCUCCAUCCUCUUUUUCCGUCAGGCUCUGGGAUUUUGGUUUUCCUGUUCUCUCCCCGCCGUCAUCCCCCCAGGUCGGUGCGGCCGGGAUGGAGCCCAUCCCCCGGGAUGGAGGAACCGAGGAGCUUCCCUCGCCACCCCCACCCAGCCAGGGGGGUGAGAGCAGCCCCUCGGCCGGGGACGAAGGUGACGGCGAUGCUGGGAUGGACCCAAUGGCAUCUGAUGGCCAAAGCUCUGCUCCCGAGGGAUGCGAGGACGUCGGGACGGUCCCGGAGGAGGUGGCAGGGGACCAGGAAUACGAUGGUGACAACACCUGGGAGAUGAUCCACAGUGAUUCAGAGUCAUCGGUAGAGGAAGCAUCCAUGGCGGAAGAGGGAGACUAUGACUAUGGGCAGGAUGCGGCCACCGAAUCCCUCGGUGGAGACGAGGCUCCUGCGGUCCCACCAUGGGAUGAGAACCAGCUCCAGCACAUCCCCGUGCACCACUACGUGGUGGUGGAGGAGGAGAGUUACCAGAACACCAGCGUCCAUCCAAAGGGAGCGUUGGGGCAGGAGGAGAAGCAUCUCGGGAAACUGGAGAAGGUCCCAGGUCACGUGAAGAGGGUGGAGAUGACAAACCAGGGGAACUUCAACCCUGCAGGUGCUGGAGACCAGGAGAUCAGAAGCAGCCCAGGAUCUUCCACCAGGCAACCAGGUCUUUCUGAAAUACUGUGGAGUAACCAAGAGGUCUUCAGCAGGGGAGGCGAUGAAGAUGCGGGGGACGCACAACCUUCGGGGAUGUUGGUCAAGAGCCAACCGCAGUGGUUCUGCCAGCCCAGCCCGUAUCUGUUCAGUGGACCUAGACCACCGCAAGACACCAUGACCCUGGAGUUUGUCGCUGUGCUGGCAGCUCACUAUGACUUUGACUCAACAUUGAAGAUCUGUGUCCUCUUAUACAAACAGCCCAAUGUCUGCGUAGAGUUUGCCACAAUGGUCAAAAGAAAGACCAGAGUGAUCACGGGCAGUGCUACGAUCCCCCUUUCUGACCUGCAAGAAGUCAUCUUUUAUAAAUACGGCCUCGUGAACACCUUCCAAGGAGACAGGCCCUGUGUGUUAGAGCAGAUUUCUGCAGACAACUUGAACGUGCCAGAGACCUUCAAGCACAGAAAUACUUCUUUAUAUCGUGUCUUGAAUGUACCCAAAACUGAGAUCAAAGCCGACAAAACAUGGACUAUUUUUGAACACAUUGAAUGCCAUUUCCCCACCAUCAGGACCCACAGAUUAAAACUGUCCAGAAAAUCGUCCAGGUGGAAGUUGCAGAUGGAACACCUGGAGCAGAGUUUCACUGUUCACACGAUCUCCUGGAAUUUCCUUGAGAAUAUGGAGAGGAAACUGGAUAGGUACGAGGAAAGCAGCCAUGUCCGUCUUUGGGAUGCCGAGAAAGAAGAAGUUUUUGGGACCUUCAUUCCGGAUAUGGAACUGGUGAAAAACAGUAUCAGAAACUUCACACAAAGAAUCAUCAAAAUGAAGGACCCUAAACUUCUUAGGCUCCUGUUUGCCUUUCACACCUUGUUUCGCUGUAAGUUCUCCCUCAGCCAGCAGCUCAUCGACAUGGCUGGAAAGCACCUUGAGGUUAUGGACUACAACCAAAACGUAUAUGAAGAUCUGAGAGGGAAAAGCAAAUACUUUCCAGCUUUGAAGGACAUGUGUCUCAGGACCACUAACAGCACGUUGUGGAUCUGGUUGGUCCCGCUGCUCUAUGCGAUCAACGAGAAGAUGGAGGACUCCUUUCUGUGUGAACUUCCUUCAGAAGCCUUCAAGCAGCUGAGGAGGAGUGAAGACAAGCAAAGGGAAGUUCUCAAGAUGAUACAGGCUCACAAGACCUUGAUCGGAAGAUGUGAUCUGCUAGCAAAGCAGGUGGUGGAGAUGUUGGCCCUGAAGAACUUUUCCAGGGACCCUCUGCCUGACAUUCAGCUUUCACUGCAGCUCCUCUUGGAGACCUUGAACGAGCACAUCAUGAGUGCCCGUGAAGCCUCAUUGCAAGUCUCUGAAGAUGAUUGGAACGUGGCUUUGAAAUGCAUCAUCACCAGGAUGGACUCCUGGUUAAAGAACUUUUGCCCGCAGGGGUCUUCAAAGCAAUGCCUGAAGCCUGUGGAUGACCACGAGGUCUUGCGUUGUCUGAAUUUGGUGUACCUCUCGCUGAACAAGUUCUUGGGCAUGCCGGAAUUGGUGCCGUUCAGCUCCAUGAAGUUAAUGCUGCAGAUACUGGGGUUGUUUGCUGACAAAGAGCAUUUACUGCAAGUGAACCAGGAAUUCCAGCAACUUUCUUCGGUGGAAAGUUUUGCAGAGUUUUCACUUGUAAUUGCACCGUGGCUUGAGAAAUACUUUCAUAGGGUACCCACGGAUGAGAAAUCCUUCCUGAAGAACAUGGGGACGUGGCAGCAACUGCUUUCGCUGAAGAUUGUCACUGUGCAGUGGACUGGUUGGUGGCGGGGCUUGAUUCACACCAUGUUUAAGGAAUGGAUGAAGAAGAUUAGUGACAAACACCUCAUAGACUUCUGCUUGGCCUUCCUGAAAGUGGGAAACAAUGUUGAUGUAGAGUUGGAGAACUGCUUUAUGAAUCGUGUCAUCCAGUGCAUCGGAGACCUCGACAAAAUUGAGGAAUCCAAGCUCAACUCCAUGAUAUCUGUGUUCCUCAAGAUGAGAAACCCAGCUGUUAAGAGGCUGCUUUCUGUUCUCAUUGAGAAAAUGUGUUCGCCAAUGAAGAGCCUGGAAAGUGUCAACAGGUUUGAUGGGAGCACUGGCCCCGUUCUUGCAAACCUGCUCAACAGUCUCGGGAUCUGCCAUCUCAUUUCCACUGCCCGAGACUUGAGCCACAAGUAUCAACUUCAGCUCAGCAGCGACGCGCAAGCCCUCCUUUUCCAGGUGAACCAACUCCUCACCUUCGUGGGACAUCACCUUCUCUUGGGAGACAUUCCCUUCAGUAUCCUCCGCAACAUCUUAGAGCAUGAGGAGCAGUUUAGGAAGCUACUGUGCACCUGUGAUUCCUCUUUCUCUUGCUGUAUAACAAAAGUGUUGGAGGUCAGGAAGCAGGAGUAUGAGCAACUGGAACAGCAGAAGCAGCAAAGAUGCUCCUUUCUCCAGCUGUGCUGUAGUAUAGAAGGCGUAGUAAAAGUGGAUAGAAGCACCGUGGAGAAAAGCGUCAGGGACAGUGAAAGUUUCAAGGAUCAGAUGGCGGUGAAGAAGUUCUCCAUUGACGGCAAGAGCGAAACAGAAUCACACGUCCUUGGCGAUUAUAGCGACAUGAUGCAAAAACUUCAUGUUGUGGAGAGAAGCCAAUGUUUCCGUAGGCUGUGGAAGAUGAGAGCAGAGCAGAGCAAAGCCACAGGACCUGAAGAUCGAGUUUUCUCCAUAGAAGAUGUUCAAGAAAAAAUUUAUAAGCCAGCUAUCGCUGAUUUUCAGAAAACCUACCUGUCCCUCAAAGACUUCUCCAUCACCCUUGGGACCCUGCAAAGCCAGUUCGAGAAGCUGCUGGAACACAGGGAUCAGCUCCUGGAGGAGUUCAAAAUCAUGGAGGACAGUGAAGGGCCAAGGCAUGGAAAAGCUUACUGGAUCACCGGUGCGGUGGAGAGGAUUGAAAACUACCUGACCCUCUCCAAAGUGGUGAACACUGCCAAGAUCAUCGAUGCUUUGAGACAGAUGCUUCGGCUGGAGGGGGAUUUCCAGAUUCUCAGUGACCUGACGAAAUAUGAAGAGCAAGAAUUCCAGAAGAAGCGACUUGAUUUUAUGACCCCAGACUUAAUGAACGUGAAAAAAAAUUUGAGUGACAUUCCCCAGGGAGUCUUGGACUUUUUGAAGGCACUUCUGGAAUGUGCAAGGAAAGGUUUUACCUCCUGGAUCAAGACCAUAAUAAAAGACAAGACAGAAAUCCCUGUGUUUGUGGAGCUGGCAUCGAUUUCUGCAGGUGAAAACGACAUGGAUAUCGACAGAGUGAGGUUCUUCCGUGAUGCCAUGGCUGCUUCUGCCCCCAUUGUGUUGGACCUGAGUCCCACCGCUGGGUUUGACCAGUUCUUUGCAGCUCUGUCUUUCAUCAAAGCAGCCAUUGUGAAAGACAGCAAGCUUCCCAAGAAGCUGAAAGAUUCCUGUGACAACAGGGAAUGGAUACAGAUGGUUCACGACUCUCAUGGCUCCGUGGAGCGUUCUUCCAUGUCUCAAGCCAGAAGCAUCAACAGAAAUGGGAUUUUUACCAUCUCGGCACCUCCAAAAUUCAAGGCUAUGCUUGAGGACUGCAUCUCAUUGCGACUGCUGGAUGACAGUGAGGAGACCACAUCUCCACCAGAUCAGAAGGCCAAGAAAUACAGUUUGUCUCAGCUCACGGAGCUCCAGAACAAGCUUAUGUUGAUUGCCACCAAGGUUGAGCAGGGCAGAGAGGAGGCAAACCGUUUCUUGGAGAUACUGGAAAGAGUUCGAACAGUUGGAAAGUUGUACCUGGAGCUUCUCAGCAUUGGCAACAUCCUCUUCAUCGACUGGAAGGCUGACAUCUACUGCAAUGCCCAGCAACGCGUGAAACUAUACACCGAAUUUGGAAUUGCUGGGAUCCUUGUUCAGAGCACAAGACCCCUCCUGGAGGAGCUGGACAGUCUCUCUAAAGCAAUGGAGCAUUGCCUGGCAGAGUGGAAGAAGUACCUGGAUACUCAAAGGAACACCUACUAUCACCUCAACCUGUUCACUGCACACCAGCUCUUCUAUUUAUGCAGCCAGCUGGCCAGAGUCCAGAAAGGCAUUCUAGAACCGCAGGUGCUCAUCAUGCUUUCUGUCAUCAAGCACAACAUCAACGAAGAAGAUAUCAAAAAAGCUCUGGAGGAUGCGCUGAUGACUCCUCAGGACUCCGUGAAUACGUCACCAGGCAGUGAGGACUCGGUUACCUGGCACGACUACAUCAUCCGUUUCCCCCAGCUCAUCAAAAGCUUGGCCGAAUCAGGCUAUAACGAGUCGGUGGCGAAGGCAGCUUUGCAGAGCUGCCUGUCCAACUCACCCAUCACAGAGCAGAUGCUCAUGGAUUUCGCCUUCGAGCAGGGUGACAACGAUGAGUUGGUGGAAGAGCUCAGCAAGCUGUACGAGGAGACAAGAGAAACCUUCCUGCAGACCAGAAGGAAAUUUAAAACCACCAGCAGCGAUGCUGACCAGGUUUCCUUCAGCACCCUGGCACAUGAUGAGUUGGCCACCUCCUUUGAGAGUUUGCCGUCUAUUUACGACAAAGUGAAUCUUCUCUGGGAUGCCUACUGUAAGAAAUUUGCUGGCCUGGUGUCAGAUAAAUACAUAGGCUUGGAUGUUUUCGGGGAGACCCUGAAGCGCUUGGCUGCUCUAGAAAGCACACACAUCAAGAGAAGUUUACCUGUAGGCUACGAAGCGGGGAAACCGCUUCUUGUCAUGUGCAAGGAAGAAGAAAUGUUACCCCACAUGUUAUUCAUCUACCGAAACACCAAGAAGGCACCUCUCCCAUCGUACGAUGAGGUCCUGGUGUGCACACCAGACACGGAGGAGGAAGAGGUGGAGCUGCUUGUCAGAAGAGCUCUUUCCCCAGGUUGCCAAGAUGAAAAGAUCUACUGCUUGCUGGGUGCUGAUAAAUUAGUUUAUAAAGUUUCCAAACAACUUGAGUCCCACUUCUUCCGCCUGGUGCAAUCUUCCAGCAUCCCCAACUACAGAUUCAUCAUCUUCUGCAACGCCAAAGCUCACAACUCCUAUGUUAUCACAGCCUUUGAUGCCUACAAGGUGGCUUUCCCUUGCUACACCAACGCAGAAAUCCAGACCUACCUGAAGAUGCAUCUCAAAGUGCCGAGCGGGACAGCCCCUGUUGCCCAAGCCUUUGAAGAACCCUAUCAGCAGAACGUGAAGUUUGUCUUUUCGGAGCGAGCGGGAAUGGGGAAAUCUCUCUUUGUGGACAACACCAUCCAGAAGGUCCGCGCCCAGCUAGGUGGCACGCUACCACUGUGUAAAACCAUUAGGCUGAUGGAGUCUGAGAUUGAUUUCCAGUUCUUUGUGGAGGAACUUAUUUCUGUCAAGGAAUCUGUGACUGAAAAUCAGCCCACCAUCUUCCACAUCGAUGUGUUUCCAGUGGUAUCGAAGGGUCUCUACCGGCUGCUGAUUGAUCUGUGCAUCCUGCGGCACAUCCAGAGUCCUGAUGGCUUGGUCUGGAAGUGCAAGCCAUCUCAUCUUUACUUGAUCGAGUACCUGGAAAAAGGAAGAGGUGUUAGCAGUACGAGGAAGCAAGAGAUAUCCAUUGAAAUGGAAGAAAAUUUCCUGGAGAUUUUUCCUACUGUGGAGUGUGUAUCAGUGCUGCAGGUACUCAGCUCGCUGGGAGCUCCCAGUUCUGCCCCUCCUGAGGAACUGAGGGAGGAACAGUUUGACCGGGACAAGCUAAAGAGUGAAGUUUUCCAAAGGUCCUACCAAUAUCUCAGCAGAUACAAGAAAAAGCAAAACCUUGAUAAUUUCACUUUUGUCCCUGGAAAGGUCGAGGGGACAGAGAAAGAAUGCCUGGAGUGCUUGAUGGAGUUCUGUGGGAGAAACAACCCCUCCUGGACCGAGCUUAGCAACUUCACGCACUUCUUGAACUUCCAGCUAAGAAAGUGUGAGAAAUCAGUCUUCUGCAGUCCAGUGGUCGGAGGGGAGUUCUGUGGUUUCAAAACAUUCGUCAUCAAGUUCAUGAUCGCCAUGUCCAAGGACUUUGCCAUGCCUUCCCUCAACAUGUCCGAUGAAAGCGUGCCAAGGCAGGAGUGGAAGGAGAUGGACAGUGUUUUGAGAAAGUACCAGCUAAGACGCAAGUGGGAACAAGAAUCUCACCCUUACAUAGUCUUCCACGCUGAUGAUCAUUCCAUGGAGUUUUUGGGUUUCCAUAUCAAUGGGAACUUUGACGCUAUUGAUGCUUAUUCCCAGAGUGUUUUGGAGAAGGCAGUUAUAAGCAAGAAUUUAUACAUGACCUUGGCCCUCCAAAAUGUUCCUUUCAAUAAGAAAUUUGAAAACCUAUCCAGAACCGAGCAGUUGGAGGCCCUCUGCAGAGUCUUUGGUGUGAAAUACAAGGAAGAUCCAGAUGCUUCGUACCAGUUGACCCUGGACAACACCAUGAAGAUGUUGGCUAUUCACCUGCGGUUCCAGUGCGGCAUCCCUGUGAUCAUCAUGGGUGAAACAGGUUGUGGGAAGACAAAGCUGGUGCAGUUCAUGUGCAACCUGCAAAGGGCUGGCAGGAAAGUUCAGAACAUGAUGGUGGUGCGUGUUCAUGGUGGCACUACCUCCAAGAACAUCCAAGAGAAGGUAAGGCAGGCCAUGGAGCUGGCACUCACCAAUGAAAAAGAGCACAAUGUAGACACGGUGCUCUUUUUCGAUGAAGCCAACACCUCAGAGGCCAUCUUUGCCAUCAAAGAAGUGCUGUGUGACCGCAGUGUCAACGGAAUGCGGAUUUCCACGGACCGCUUAAAAGUGGUGGCUGCUUGCAACCCUUACAAAAGACACACCGAAGACACCAUUGAGAAACUGGAGAAAGCUGGCUUGGGAUACCGAGUCCGGAGUGAAGACACUCCAGAGAAGCUGGGUUACAUUCCUUUGCGGCAGUUGGUGUAUCGUGUGCAGCCCCUUUCUCCCAGUUUAUUGCCUCUGGUCUGGGAUUUUGGGGAGCUGAAUGAGAAGACGCAAAGCCUGUACAUCAGGGAGAUUGUGAAGUCCACCGUGGAGACCAUCACCACCGUGAAAAACCUGGAUGUCUUCACCAAUGUCAUUUCAGCCUCCCAGAAGUUCCUGAGAGAGAGGAAGGAUGAAUGCAGAGUUGCCAGCCUCCGGGAUAUAGACCGCUGCAUGAAAAUAGUGCUCUGGUUUUACAACUUGAGAGACCUGCUUUUCCACCAGAUUGAUAAGAAGAGGCAGCGUGAGGAGGAAGAAAAGCCAGUCUUAAACGAUGCGCAAAGGGUUUUGGCCCUUUCGGUAGGUGUUUGCUAUUAUGUGUCCCUGGAGAACCGCCAAGAGUACCUGAGGGAGGUUGCAAAAUGCUUCUCAGUCCCUGCGUCCUGGCUACAGCAAGAGCUCGAGUUGUGCCAAGAGGUAUUUCUUGAUAACCUCUCUAUUCCUAAGGCAACAGCCUGCAACAACGCUCUCAGGGAGAACAUCUUCAUGAUGGUUGUCUGCAUGGACCUCCGGGUGCCACUCUUUUUGGUUGGGAAGCCAGGAAGCUCCAAAUCACUUUCCAAAGCCAUUGCUGUCGAUGCCAUGCAAGGCGCGCUGUCCCGAAGCCCGUUGUUCAAAAGAUGCAAAGAGGUCCAGCUGGUCUCCUUCCAGUGCAGCCCCCAUUCAAAACCAGAAGGCAUCAUCUCCACUUUCCGACAAUGUGGUCAGUUCCAGAAGGGCAAGAACCUGAAUGAGUUUGCGUCCGUGGUCCUUCUGGAUGAGAUUGGUCUUGCUGAAGACUCGCCUGAUAUGCCGUUGAAGGCGCUGCAUCCUCUUCUGGAAGAUGGAUGCGUUGAUGAUGAGAAUCCUGAGCCUUACAAGAAAGUUGGCUUUGUGGGCAUCUCCAACUGGGCCUUGGACCCUGCCAAGAUGAACAGGGGCCUCCUCGUCUUUCGGACUGAACCUAGCAAGGAAGAGCUGGUGAACACUGCCAAAGGCAUCUGUGCUGACCAACCCCACCUCGAAAGGAUCGAGCAUUUGUUCCCCAUUCUGGCAAACUUCUACUGCAACGUGCUGAAGACACAGGAAACCGAGUUCUUUGGGCUUCGCGACUUCUACAGCUUGAUCAAAAUGAUUGUGUCUUACACGCAGAACACAAAGCGCAGUUCUCAAGAGGAGCUCCUUGUAAAGGCCAUUCAGAGAAACUUCGGAGGCUCCAGAGAUAUCCACCCUCUGGAAAUCUUCCGUAACUGCACCAGCGAGGUACGUCUUACCAAAAAGAUGGAAACCAGCUGCAUCCGUCUGCUGGAGGAAAACAUACACAAGCAGCAAGUGGGAUUCAUGUCUCGUUACCUCCUGCUGCUGACGACCAACAAUGCCGCCUUUCAGAUCAUCCAGAUGACGCGGCUUAUAGAUGUCAGCAACUGUGACAUUAUAUUUGGCUCUGGUUUCCCACGGGACCAAGAUUAUUCCCAGGUGUGCCGUUCUGUGAACAGGGUGAAAAUUUGCAUGGAAAUAGGCAGGCCCGUUGUCCUCCUCAACAUACAGAACCUUUAUGAGAGCCUUUACGAUGCCCUCAAUCAAUGCUUUGUCAGUCUAGGGGACAAUUACUACGUUGACUUGGGCCUCGGCACUCAUAGGGUGAAGAGCCGUGUGAAGGAGGAAUUCCGGCUGAUUGUUAUAGAGGAGGAGAAAGUGGUCUACACACAGUUCCCUCCGCCUCUGCUGAGCCGUCUGGAGAAGCAUUGCUUGGACAUGAACACCAUCCUCAACUGGGGACAGCAAAACCUGAAGCAGGACCUGGAGAAAUGGGCCGAGCAGUUUGUCUACAUGGAGAACCCGGAUUCUUUCAGCACCUGGUCCCACACACUCGCACCCAAAGAGCAUGAUGUCUUCAUUGGCUUCAGCGAUGACACGUCUGCCGCCAUUGUGCUGGAGAGCUCCCAGAACAUCAACUGUGAAAGCUGUGAACAAUACAGACAGCUGGUCUUACCCAUUGCCACAAGAAAGCUGGUGGAGUGCGCCACUCCUGACUCCAUCCUGCGCCUUAAGUACACUGAUCUGGAGGACGCUAAGCAGAUUCAGGACCUGUAUUUCUUCGAGCAGAAGCACAACAGCCUGGACAACCUCUUGCAAGAGGUGAUGGAGCAGCAGAAGAAAGAGAGCACCGCCAGGCCGUGCCUGCAGGUUUCUACCCAUGCCAGGCUGCUAAACCAGAAGGAUUUAGAAGUGCUGAGGAAGACGCUCAACCUCUCAGAUAAAAUCCACUGCCUCUUCCUAGGCCAAUUUGACACUGAACAUGCUUUCCGCCAGGACCUCAGGAAAAUCUUCAAAGAGACACAAGAAGUGACAUUGCUCCUCGUUCAGUUUCAUUUUGACGAGCCGCAGAGCAGCAAAAGACUCCUGGCCUGUGCCAAGUACUGCAUCACAGACGAGCGAAGGAGGGCGGACAGCCCCCAUCUGUUUCAUGUUGUGCUGAUCACUAAAGUCCCCCGGGUCAUGGGAGGGUGCAGCUACCUGGCUUUUGACAGCGGUGAGUGGAAGUCCGUCCACUUGGAUGACCUGAUGCCUUCAGAGAACUUCAAGGCCAAUCUUGGCCAGCUCUCCAAAAGGACCAUUGCAGAGAUUUUCAUGCACAGCUCCCAGCAACAUCUCUCAACAGGUUCUCUGGAGGAUUCUGCUGCCCCAGGAAGCCUCACCGACUCAGAUCUUUACUCAGAGGAAAAUUCACAAUUCCUCAAUGUGGACAUGAUGAUCAAAGGGAGCAUCCAGAAGGCUGUGAUUCAGCUGGAGGACAAGAACGACAACAACAAGCGUCCAACAAAGAGAAUCAAGAUCCUUCACAACUUGCUUUUCCACACUCAGAGUAGUGUUUCCAGGCAUUUUAUGACCAUCCUGAAGAGAAGAAUUUGUUGUCUCCUAGAAGAACGAGACAAACUGAUGCAAGAACCAAGGGAAUGGAUUUUCCGCAGGGCACUCUCGACCGAAUUCAUCCUGGAAGACACAUCGUUCAGACAAGCGCUCUGGACAUACCUGGAAGACACCGUGGUGAAUGUCUUUGCCCAAAUUCUCGCUGUGGUGGAUGCAAACAACAACCUGGAUCAUCUCUCUCAAGGCUCUCCACUUGCAGAACUGUGGCUCCAGAUGUUCCAAGAAGAAAAAUUCCUAAAAAUUAAAUACACCAGAAAGGUGGCGGAUGCUAAGAUUUCCGUGUUAUCAAUGAGUAAAGACCCCAACACGUCCCUCUCCUGCCAGUUCCCAUUCAGCUGGGUUUUGAAAGCCUACCUGGACGACAUAUGGGAGAAGGUCUAUCAUAGGAAAGGUCAGCCCAAGAAGCCAACGAUGGAAGUGGCCGAGUUCUACCAAUCUUUCAUCAAGAAAGUCUUGAUGCUGGAUCAUAGUAACCUAGAAAUGGUACACUAUUACACCAACGACUUUCUCAGGAUGACAUUUCCUGGACAACACCCCUCUGUCUAUGAGAUUCUCUCAAAAGUUUUCCUAGCCAGCGCAGAACAGCUCUGCCUCCCUGUGGUCAGGAAGGAGAUGAGCUUUUCCCUAAUUUGGCUUCACAUGGAAUAUUUCUAUCUCCGAGAUGAUUAUCAGCUCUUUGUUGACAUAGUAAGAAGCAAUGACACUGUCAUAAGUGAGCUGCAGGCAAUGUAUGAGAAGAACCCCCCAGAAAUGUUUGUCACUCUUGAUGCCUUGAACAUUCUUCUGAAGAAAGUGCAACCCUCUGAAAAAGGACUUUUGCCCUUUGAUGCCUGCAUAGCGUGGCUCAAAAGCGUCAAGUCCAUUAAGCCCUGGGUGGAGUGGAUCAGCCUGGACAAUUACCAGCUUCAGUUCUACCAGAAGAAGAAGGAACUCCUAGAGUCUGUGUUGCAUCGCUGGACCUGCACCAACAUUGUCUACAUGUUGAUUGACCACUUGCUACACAACGAGACACAAAUAGACGAGAAACUCCUGAGGCUUGUGGUGAAGCAGUUCAUCUUCCUCUGGAAUCGCCUCUACACAACUCCAGGAUUUGAGCCUGAGAACACUUUUGAUUUGGUGACUAAGGUGCUGAAGAAAUGCAACGAGAAUGCUGAUGUUGUGUAUCUGGUGAAGGGUGUGAAGGAAUGCAAGAGCUGCCUUGGGGAGAUCACUGACCCAGCAGAGCUGCCCUGCAGCCACAUCUUCUGCACUCGCUGCAUCCUGGAGUGGGAGAACAAGCAGUGUAAGAUCUGCAAGAAUGAAUUCUCGGAGGAUUACACACCCACGGCUUCAGAAGCCACGAGGGAAGCUGUUGCCUGUCACAACAAAUUCAGGAGGAAAUGCAAUUCUUUCUUUGUUGAGUUUAUCACCAUGUACUUUUUGGGAGACAGAGAAGCACCGUCUGCCAAAAUCAUUCAGCGACUGAUCCAGUUUGUGGCUUGCAAACCUAACCCUGAUCAUCAGGCGGGGAAAAGGGUGUACAAGCCAAAAAGCGAGUUGUCGCCCUUUGAAGAGUGCAUGGACACCAGUCCUACCAUCCAGUCCUCCCUCCUGAAGCUGAUGCUGCGAUGCGGGUUCGACAAUGUCAAGGUUCACUUAGAGGAAUACCUGUCCCAGAUGGAGGAAAAGAUAAUGUCCAACGAAAGUAACAGGGAGCAUUUCUACUUCAUGGUGGUGCACUGUCUGGAGGAUUUUAUGUAUCCUUCUUCUCAAGAAGAUGUCAGCCAGCUUGCCGAAAACUGCCUCUCCACCGCGGACCUAUCUGCUUUCUGCAAGCCUGAGGUCUCAAGAAUCAACACCCUGCAGUUCAUUGCCCAGAUCCGGCUCUCCAUCAGCCACGUGGCCACCUUGCUCGGUAGACAGCUGCUUUCUGCUGCAUAUCCCAACGUGCCUGCGGCCGAGGGCAGUAAGAAAGAGCAAGACCUGGUGAAUGCAAUGAAGAACAUGGUUGCGAAGUCUCCGACUCCAUGGCCUCAGGUGUUCCUCAUCAGAAAUCUCUGUGACCUCUACGGACUCACCUCUAUGUGGAAGAUCCUCAAGGUGGAGAAGUGGAUUUUACCCCGAGGGGUAGAAAAUUUGCAGGAUAGAAGUGCCUGGUUGAAUAUACCACUGAUGUUUUCGGUGCUGGACAAAGCACAAAACCAGCUAAAAAGGAAAGACGCCACAGAAACCCAGAGCUUGAUAUCUGUCAUGAGACGAAUGGAGAGCAUCCUCCAGUUGACACCCACCCCAGAUGAGCUGCUGGAAGACAAACUGAAGAAGAUCAUGGAUGCUUUGGGUAACAGUGAAGACCCAAGCCUGCUGGAGGUGGUCUUUCACACCGGGCUCACUCUGGCCUUGUUCCCAAACCAAAUCACUCAGCUCCUCAAGAACAUCUGCUUCAAGCCUGCUGUGGUGAAAGGGUCCUACCUUCCCACCAUGCCUGGAGACCUGCUUUUUGAUGUGAAGAACUGGAAAAUUGGAUCAACAGAUAAGAUGUGGCGUUGUCAGUGCGGCUCAUACUGGAUUGUCACUAAUUGUGGCCUUCCCAUGGAACGGAAGAAAUGUACGUGUGGUGCCAUUGUCGGGGGAACUAACCACAGACCUGAGGCAGGCUUCACGGAGAAUGUCAUCACCACAGAUAAAACAGAGAAAGGGUACAUCCUGGAGAGCCCUCUGGUACGGAGGAAUGACUCAGAGAGGUGCCUAUCGCCUGCCUGCGUCAGUCUUGCGAGAGCUCUGCUUCAUUCAUCCCUCUUGCUGGGGGUCUACAUUGACCAACAGGCAAUUUUAGACCUGAUGAAAAGGAAACCAGACAACGUGGAAGAGUUCUUUUGGGGCCACCUUCAGAAGGAUGUGGAGUGCCUGGCAGAAGCACUCAGCAGGAAUGUGGAGGAUGCUGUGGUGACUGUUCAUCUGUUUCUACAGCACCUGAGCAACUACAAACCAACAGACCAGAGCGUAGUCUUGAGCGUCCUGAAUCAGAAGAAAGACCGAGAAGAAUGGGAAACCUCCUUCAAAGCCCUGGCUCAGCCAUUUUUUCAGGAGUUGGAGCAGAGCCUUAAUUCUGUCAAGGAGCAGAGGAUGAAUGGAGGUCCCCAUGGUUCCAGCCUCCUCCUGAAAAUUGCUUAUGGCCAGACACCGCAUUUCAAAGACCUGCCAAGUCAGGGGUUGAUCAACCAGCCUUGCCUGUGGAAAUACGAACAGAAGAUGACCAUCCAGACCCUGAUGCGUUUCCUGCAGCAGGAAGAUGGAGAAGGCACUGGAAAUCCAUACCCCAUUCUGCUGGAGCUUCUCUUGAAGCUUGAGAACAUCCAACACAUCCGACACCUGCCUGACAUUUUCCAACUGCAGAAUGCCCUGAUCCACCUUUUCCAAAACAGCCAUAAAGCGGAAAACUACACAGUCAGGCAAUUCCUGGACCAGCCUGGGUUUUCAGAGGACCAGCGUUUGGCUUUCAGCAGAGCUGUACAGACGAUCCAGAAAGUUUGGAGCAACAUUAACAGGAGCACAUCCAGCUCAGGCAUCACCGUCCUGUCAGAUGCCCUGCCGAAUGACAUCACUGCCAGCACCGCUGUCCUUCACCUCCUGCCCACCCAAUCGUCCAUCAGCCGGCUGGUGACCAGGUUCCUCAUAGCACUGCAAAACAGCUGCAUUGACACGGCUGCGCAGAUCACCAGAGAGAGGCAACGGUCCAUCUCCGCAGAAGAGGUGAAGCCCUCCUCUGUGCUGGCUGUAUCCAAGAGCGAUCUGCUGACCAUGGCGCUCGCCAACUUGCAGUAUGAGAUAGAUGAAGAUGGCACCAAGACGACCUACUUUGACUUUGAGAUGCUGCAGCGGCAAGUGGUUCAUCGCUUCAUCAGUGGGAAACCCAUCAUCAAGGCUCAGACGGCUCCAUCCAUUCCCCGCAACAAUGUGAGGACCCUCCAGGACACCAAGAUGAAAGUCAGGGACCAACUGGACCAGGAGCCGCUCAGCAUCAACCAGCAGAAGCGCAUCAUGGAAGAGGCCCGCUCAGUCAACGCCAUCUCCAAUGUCCUGGCAACUCUGAAGGUGGCUGCUGAGUUCCUGGCUGUGACAGGUGGUGACCCGAAGCGCCCGCUGCCCGAGUACAUCCAGCAGGAGCUGAGGAUGGAUGCCAGUGCAAAGCAGUUCAAGGAUGUGCCGGUGGUGCCCAACACCCAGCUGAAGCACAUCCUGUCACUGUGGCAGGUCCUGGCAGCUCGCAGGUCCAUGCUGUUGGUACAGAUGAACCAGGAUCCCUUCUGCUUGGUACCCAAGCAGUUCCAAGCAAAUCUGGAUGCAAUGCAGGCAAAAGCCUUGUCCUCCAAAUUGUCCAACACCAACCUCGACCUCUUCCUCAUUGAGCUGCACGAGAUGAUCAUGGUGGCACUGUCCAAGCACCAGCCUGACCAUCCGCUGCAGUUUGCCUUUAGGUGCUUUCUGGAAGACAACAAAAUCCCUGAGGACUCUGUCGCCAUCCUCACAAAUGUCCUGGAACCAAACAUUCCCAUCAAGAACAUCCUCUCCGUCUGGAGGACGGCUGCAAAGACCAGUCAGAUCAACAUCCCUGCCUACGGCCAGGAGAGGCCAGCUCAAGGCAGCCAUUAGCCCCUUUCUUGCGAUGGGGUGGCUUGUCCCCAUGGGCGCAGAGGAAACAUGUACCUCUCAUUCCAGCUCUGGAGGCAACACAUGAGCUAUGUGUGGGCUCCUGGAGCAGCCCAAGCUUCCAAACACCCAAACCCCUGUUCCCUGAGGCCAGGUGAGAAGCUCUCACUUGGACCCACCAUUGGCUGCUCAGGCACCCCAAGCAUUCCCUGUCCCUCCAACCCUGCUGAGCUACAGCACGAACUUGGAGAUCAUCCCCAUGGACAUGUCCCCAGUGCUGCUACUGCUGUCCUCAGUUGGCCAACUCUGCCCCCCAGCAGUCCCCAAGGGAGGGUCUGGGGAGCUGGAGCCCCUCUACCACCCCAGUGCUGGCCAAGGAGUGCUUCUGUGUGUCCCUGUGCCCUUUGCUGGUGGCUUCUGUCCUGUCUUGUCCCUUCUUUCCUUUCCUGCAUCAUUAAAUGCUCAAGAACCCA